UAACAUAGGACUCUGGUAAGCUGGUAGCUUGAAGCGGUCCGUCAUGCACCUCCGGCAAAGGGAGGUGAAUAUUCUCUUCAGCCAUUUCAUAGAAGACUAUUGGGUUGUAGGGAACCUCUGGCUGGACUGUAUGAGGAGGCCUCUGUGUUGCUUUAGAGGCUGAAAGGACCACCGCUGCUAUUUUGAGUCAUGGAGAAGAUGUCUCGGGUCACCACGGCCCUGGGCAGCAGCUCCAUCAGCGGGCGCACAAUGUUUUGCCACCUGGACGCGCCCGCCAAUGCCAUCAGCGUGUGCCGCGAUGCCACUCAGGUGGUGGUGGCCGGCCGCAACAUCUUCAAGAUCUACGCCCUGGAGGAGGAGCAGUUUGUGGAGAAGCUCAACCUGCGCGUGGGUCGCAAGCCCUCUCUCAACUUCAGCUGCGCUGACGUCAUGUGGCACCAGAUGGAGGAGAACCUCUUGGCCACGGCCGCCACCAACGGGGCAGUGGUCACCUGGAACCUUGGCAAGCCGUCUCGGAACAAGCAGGAACAGCUGUUCACCGAGCACAAGCGCACCGUCAAUAAGGUGUGCUUCCACCCCACAGAAGUCUACAUGCUGCUCAGUGGCUCCCAGGACGGCUACAUGAAGUGCUUUGAUCUGCGCAAGAAAGAGUCUGUUAGCACAUUCUCAGGUCAGUCGGAAAGCGUGAGGGAUGUUCAGUUUAGCAUGAAGGAUUACUUCACUUUCGCUGCUUCGUUUGAGAACGGCAACGUCCAGCUGUGGGACAUCCGGAGGCCGGAUCGGUAUGAGAGGAUGUUCACAGCACACACCGGACCUGUGUUCUGCUGUGACUGGCACCCCGAUGACCGGGGCUGGCUGGCAACCGGCGGCCGGGACAAGAUGGUGAAGGUGUGGGAUAUGACUACCAACCGCGCCAAGGAGAUCUUCUGCGUACAGACCAUAGCCUCGGUGGCCCGGGUCAAGUGGCGUCCUGAGAGGAAGUGGCACCUGGCUACGUGCUCCAUGAUGGUGGACCACAACAUCUAUGUGUGGGACGUCCGGCGGCCCUUCAUCCCCUUCGCCACCUUCGAGGAGCACAAGGACGUCACCACGGGCAUCGUGUGGCGGCACCAGCAUGACCCCCACUUCCUGCUGUCCGGCUCCAAGGACAGCACACUCUACCAGCACAUGUUUAAGGACGCCAGCCGGCCUGUAGACCGGGCCAACCCCGAGGGGCUGUGCUUCGGCCUGUUUGGCGAUCUGGCCUUCGCCGCCAAGGAGAGCCUCAUCAGCGGCGACGCCAGUAGGAAGCCGUACCCGGGUGGUGACCGUCGCUACCCCAUCUUUUUCUUCAAGAAGCCCAACCCGACAGAGCAGUUUGCCCACGUGUCCAGCGCCCUCAGCGUGUUUGAGUCGUCUGUGGAGAGCAGGCACAUGGACUGGCUCGUAAAGACGGCACGCCUCUACCUACUCAGUGGCAAACCCUUCGCUGAGCUCUGUGACCACAACGCCAAGGUGGCCAAAGAGCUCAACCGACCCCAGGUUUCCACGACAUGGACGAUGCUUCGGAUCAUGUUCUCAGAUCCGGCAAACCUUUCGACCCCAGGACCAAAUCACAUCGGCAAACUGGGCACCCUGCCUCUGAUGAACAGUUUCAGCAUGAAGGAGAUGGGAACGGGACUGGUGGCCGAGGGCAGACUGGAGCGCAGUAAAGGAGAGAGCCGACAAGACAACCUUCAUCUAGAGCCUGGGAACUCACUCAUUAACAGCAACAACGACGAGAAUGAGGAAACAGAGGGGAGCGAGGGCCAGGCGGAGUACAUGUUUGGUGACGCUGAGUUGGACGACGACGACCUCUACUCCAUGGAGCACGAGAACCAUGCCGCGGAGGAGCAGGAGUACACACUGCCCCAGGAGGCCUUCCCGUUACGUCACGAGAUCAUGGACAACCCAUCGGCGCCAGAGCACCUACAGCAGGACAAGGCCGACUCGCCGCACGCCAGCGGCAACGAGGCGGAGGUCAUGUGCCUGACGCCCAUCGAGUCCUUCUCGCUGAUCUCCAUCUCCCAGCCGCUGUUUAGUCCCCACCUCCCCGCCCAGUUCUUCUGCCCGGUGGUCAGGGAAAUGCUGAUUCACUACGCCGAACAGGGUGACGUGCAGAUGGCCGUCUCCGUGCUCAUCGUCCUGGGAGACCGCAUUCGCAAGGAGAUUGACGACCUAACUCAGGAGCAUUGGUACACGUCCUAUAUUGACCUGCUGCAGCGUUUGGAGCUGUGGAAUGUGUCCAACGAGGUCAUCAAGCUGAGCACGUGCAGCGCCAUCACCUGUCUGAACCAGACGUCCACCACGCUGCACGUAAACUGCAGCAACUGCAAACGGCCGAUGAGCAACAGGGGCUGGAUCUGUGACAGGUGCCACCAGUGUGCCAGUGUCUGUGCCGUGUGCCACCACGUGGUGAAGGGGCUGUUCGUGUGGUGCCAGGGCUGUAGUCACGGCGGGCACCUGGAGCACGUGAUGAACUGGUUAAAAAGCAGCUCCCACUGCCCGGCCGGCUGCGGACACCUGUGCGAGUACACCUGACCCUCGGCUCCACCCACGCCGCAGUCGGCUCUCUGUGUGAGGAGGGUGGGGGCACACCGCCGGCUCACUCUGGCCUAGGUGUCCCACUCCGGGCUGGCCACUCCUGGGACUGGGGGUCCACCAUGUUAGCUGCUAUUGGAAGACAGGUGGAAGGGGUCCAAUCCACUGAACCAGUCCGAAGGAACAAGUGGAUUAUCUUGUGGAGUACGGUUAUGAUUUUGGGGUUGGUCCCUCUGGUCUAUUCCGUGCUCAUUGUGACAAUGAACAUGGUCUCAAAUUACAGGGAUGUAUCAUUUAGCAGUUAAGCCCUUUUAUUUUCUUGGAGGAAAAUAAAGUUGUGGAUAACAUUUUUUGUCUUGCGUGCAGUUAGCAGUAUGUUGGUAUCUAGUGUUUAUGGAAGUUUAUGGGUACAGAUUGUGCUAACUCUAGCAAGCCCUGAAUCGCAAAACUACCUUGAAUAUCCUUCACACUGGGUGCAGAGAUAUAUAAAUGGUAUCCAUGAGUUUGUCUUAGACUGGGGAAAUGGGUAAAGUGCUUAAUUUCCAAAAUCCUAAACUAUCCCUUUUAGUGAACAAUCAUUUGUGUACAUUAUUGCUGAAAUGGCCUUUGUUUUUAAGUUCUUUAACGUACUGCUCAUCUGGUUGUCUCACAAAGAUGGGCAAAACAGUUAUGUUCUAAAUUAAUUGUUUGUAUGUAAAUAGCCAUAAAGAUAUUUUGGGAGGAAGA